AUGUUCUCUGUCGCUUCAAAACAGGCUGCACGAUGCGCACUAAGGCAACAAUGCCGUACCUUCAGCUCGACACCCUCUGUUGGGGCUGCCGCUGAAGUAAAGAAGCUUGGCGUCAUUGGCGCAGGGCAAAUGGGCCUUGGAAUUGCUCUUGUCGCAGCACAGAAAGCCUCGGUACCAGUCCGAUUGAUUGACAACUCCCAAGCAUCAAUCGACAAGGGCCUAAAAUUCGCCGACAAACUCCUCGAGAAAGAUGUCGGAAAAGGCAGAAUCUCAAAAGACGACGCCGCUGCAGCAAGGGAGCGAUUGACAUCCAGCACAUCCCUCGACGACCUGACAGAUGUCGACUUUGUCAUCGAAGCCGUCCCCGAGAUCCCCGAGCUCAAGCACAAAAUCUUCUCGCAACUUGCCCAGAUAUGCCCCUCACAUGCCAUUCUCGCGACAAACACAUCGUCAAUCUCAAUCACCAAGAUCGCCGCAAGCACCACGACGGACCCAACCGAUCUUUCUGCCUCGUCGCGCGUCAUUAGCACCCACUUCAUGAACCCAGUUCCCAUCCAAAAGGGAGUAGAGAUCAUCACCGGCCUGCAGACGUCCCAGUCCACCAUCGAUACCGCCAUCGCCUUUUGCGAAAAGAUGGGCAAGAUCCCCUCCAAGUCUGCAGACUCACCUGGCUUCCUUGCCAACCGUAUUCUCAUGCCUUACAUCAACGAGGCCGUCAUCUGCUUGGAGACGGGUGUAGGCGCCAAGGAGGAUAUCGAUAGUAUCAUGAAGAAUGGAACCAACGUACCUAUGGGUCCGCUGCAGCUGGCUGAUUUCAUCGGUAUUGAUACAUGCUUGGCGAUUAUGCAAGUGCUGUAUCACGAUACUGGCGAUUCAAAGUACAGACCUGCAGUGCUGUUGAAGAAGAUGGUUGAUGCGGGUUGGUUGGGCAAGAAGAGCGGGAAGGGAUUUUAUGAUUACUAAGAAACUGAAGCCAUGAUUUGUGUAUAAGAUAUGGAUAUCUAUUCGUAUCUAGUGCAUUUGUAAGCGAUGAACUGGUGACAUGUGAUAGGUCACAGUGAAGCUAGAUAUGACUGAACUUUCCAGGCAGCCAUCACUGAUAGCAGCUGGGUAAAUAAUGCGAUUGAAGUACAUCGG